AGGAACGAGCGUGUAUGCGAUAUUCAGUUGGUUUGAAGUGUUCAACGCGUACUAGCUUCUCGCUCGCGAAAAGAGGAUUAAGUCGAUAUAGAAAAUAUUCCUUCUAUCCGAAUUUUACGAAGGAAAACGAACCUUGAAUCUUUUAAACGUUGCUUAUUGCAUACGUAAGCAAAUUCAAAAGUAUUUUUCGAAACGAUUUGCUUUUUUACACCUCCUUUCCCGCCAUUUUUAAAGUUCACUCUUUCGUUUAUACGUACUAUCGUCUCUAAGUCAUAUAAGAAGUUUGCAAGACAAAGAUAACACACAAAACAGGCGAUCUCGUGAAAGUAACGGCCAGGGAACGGCCGCUUAACAAAGAGAAAAAGGAUGCUAUUGUGUUAAAACGUAUCCUACUUAGGAUCUAAACAUUUACAUAUUUAUGAGAAAGACGGAAAAAAGUUGGCAAGAAGAAAUAAAGACGACAUAAAACUUUUGAUAUUUGGAGGCGAUAAUGGAGGUUCUGAUACACGAGGCCUCGGACAAGCGUGAAAUUAUUGACGGCAACGGCAGUUCUUCCAUUUAUAUGCCACAUAAUGGCACCUUAAAUAGCAAUAAAAUGACAACGGUGGACAGUAAACAAACGGAGGAAAAUGAUUUAAAUACGUCUUACGCCACGGAGAUUAACGAAGCGAACAUGGUCGAUAUUAUUUUUGAAAACAUAUCUUAUAGCGUCUCACUUGGAUUCCGAAAGGGUCAAAAGGAAAUUCUUCAUGGAAUUAGCGGUAUGCUCCAAGCGAAACAACUAAUCGCUCUAAUGGGACCCUCAGGAGCUGGUAAAUCAACAUUACUCGACGUUCUGUCUGGCUUUCGAGAAACCGGAGUCGAAGGAAUCAUUUAUGUUAACGGACGAAUCAGGGAACUGAACUCUUUCCGCAGAUGCACAGCGUAUAUUACUCAAGACAAUCGUUUAGAAUCAUUACUCACGGUGAUGGAAUCUAUGAGGAUCGCUACAGAUCUUAAAUUGCCAACGAAUAUGCAAAAGUAUCAGAAGGAGACGAUAAUAGAGGACAUACUCACGACCUUAGGACUAUACGAACAUUUAAAUACGAGAGUAGGAAAAUUAAGUGGCGGACAAAAAAAAAGAUUAUCUAUCGCUUUGGAAUUGGUUAAUAAUCCUACUGUGAUGUUUUUAGACGAGCCGACAACAGGAUUGGACAGUUCGUCGUGCAUGCAAGUUGUAAACCUUUUAAAACUUCUUGCCAAACAAGGAAGAACGAUAAUAUGUACGAUUCAUCAGCCUAAUGCUUCUUUAUUUCAAAUUUUUGAUCAGAUCUAUGUUCUUGCCCAAGGAAACUGUCUAUUUCAAGGAUCCACCAAGAAAUUAAUUCCGUACUUGAACUUUAUGAAAUUACCUUGUCCGAUCUAUCAUAAUCCUGCGGAUUAUGUGAUCGAAUUGGCGUGCGGUGAAUAUGGCGAAGAGCAGUUGAAGAGAUUAAUAAACGGCUCGGACAAUGGUCGACUGGUGCAAUGGUUUGAAAAUCCUCAGACAUUGAAAGAUGCGAAAGCGUUAAGGGCAUUGCACCCAUUAAAGAAGCAAAUGGUCGAUUCAACUUCUGAGUUACAGGCUACGCCGUUGAUUUAUCAAAUCAGUGUCUUAUUGAAAAAAGGUUUCAUAAUAUCCAAGAGGGAUCAGACAUUAACUCAUCUUCGUAUCACAGUCAACAUCAUGUUGGGAUUAAUGCUUGGUUUGGUUUUCAUUCAUUCGGGCGAGGAUGGUGCUAGAGUAUUGGAUAAUUAUAAUCUUCUCUUUGCGAUACUUAUACAUCAUAUGAUGACAACGAUGAUGUUGACUAUAGUUACAUUUCCCAUGCAGAUGGAAAUUCUAAUUAAGGAGCAUUUUAAUAGAUGGUACAGCUUGAAAUCGUUUUACACGGCGAUUACGAUAGUAGAUAUACCAAUUUCCGUGGUCUGUUGUAUACUCUUCUCUAUUAUAAUAUACUUCAUGUCGUCUCAGCCGUUGGAAAUUAGUAGAUUUUUCAUGUUUUUUACAAUUAGCUUAUUAGUUACUUUUAUCGCUCAAGGAACCGGUCUAAUGAUAGGCGCAGUAUUAAACAUAGUCAACGGUACUUUCAUAGGACCAGCUUUAUCGGUACCAUUAAUGAUGUUUGCCGGAUUUGGAGUGUCUUUGCGUGAUUUGCCAAAUUAUCUCAAAUGGGGUAGCUACGUCAGUUAUCUAAGAUACGGAUUAGAAGGAUAUGUUAAUGCCAUAUACGGAAUGGAUCGUGCAACUUUACCUUGUAAGAGUGACAAGGAAACUAUAUACUGUCAUUAUAGAUAUCCUAAUAAAUUUCUAUCGGAUAUCGCCAUGAGGGGUGAUCAAUUUUGGAACGACAUCAUUGCCUUAUCCGUAAUACUUUUGAUAACACGUUGCUGUGCAUACUUUCUACUCAAAUGGAAGAUCUGGUCUCUGCGAUAAAUUUAUGAAGAAAUACUUUAUCUUUUUUUUUUCUUUUUUUUUUACUUUUUUUAAUUUUAUAAAAAAUUAUUCGUACUUUACGAACUGAAGAGUAUCAAUCAACGUACUUGUAUUUACAUGCGACUUCAACUACGUUGCGCUCGAGUAUUUAAAUUAUAAGUAGCACGAAGUUAACAGUCACUUACUCAGAUUUUUAAUUCCAAUCAAACAGGUCUCCUUUAUACAAAUACAUUUUCAUUACCUUUUAUAUAAUUUAUUCCUUUCAAGUUAUCAAUUUCAAUUAUAUAUAAACGUACGUAUGUAUUAUUGUAUAUGUAUAUUGAAUUGCAUCUAACACACAAGUGCCGUUACAAUUAACAAACGAAUUUAUUAUAAUAAAACGAUUUUAAAAUUA